GCGCGUCAGACGUUUCUUAUGAGAGGAGGCAGAGAGGACCUUGCCACAAGUGAGGAACUAAAGCAGAGGUGACCAGGAGGAGAAGGGGAGUGUUUGUAUGCAAGUUGGGCGAAGAGAGAGAGACCCUCCUCUCUACAGGGGCCAGCCGAUGAGAGAAGAUGAAGAACCAAAUCACCAAUGCCAUCUCCGACUUCUUCUUCGAGUACGAGACCCCGCGCCAGGUGUUGGUGAGGAACAGGAGGGUGGGAGUGGUGUGCCGUCUGAUCCAGCUGGGGGUCCUGGCUUACAUCAUCGGGUGGGUGUUCAUCUAUGAGAAGGGCUACCAGUCCACAGACAUAGCAGUGAGCUCCGUCUACACCAAAAUGAAAGGAGUGGGCUACACAAGCAUAAACGGAAGCGAGAGAGUCUGGGACGUGGCCGACUACGUCUUCCCACCGCAGGGAGACUCAUCUUUUGUGGUGAUGACAAACUACAUCAUAACUGAAGGUCAGAAGAUGGGAAAGUGUCCAGAGCUCCAAGGCAAGCAUAACUGCAGCUCAAACGCUGACUGUGAUGGAGGGAGUUUCAAACGUACGGGACAUGGGCAAAUGACGGGAGUCUGUGUGAAAGCCACUAAGACCUGCGAGGUGUUGGCUUGGUGCCCCGUUGAGGACGAUAACAACAUACCAGAUCCGCCGUUGUUGAUGUCUGCUGAGAACUACACACUGUUCAUCAAAAAUUCUGUAACCUUCCCCUUAUUUGGCGUCUCAAGGAGUAACCUGGUUGAGGGUAUCGAUGCUGAUUACAUCAGCAAAUGCCUCUAUGAUCCAAAGGAUGCUCCACUGUGUCCCAUAUUCAGACUGGGAGACAUAGUCAAACUGUCUGGCUUCAACUUUGAAACAAUAGCCCGAGUGGGAGGGGCCAUUGGUAUUGUGGUCGACUGGACAUGUAACCUAGAUGUGGAUGUCAAACACUGUAAACCAGAGUACAACUUCCAUGGUCUGUAUGGAAACCCCACUGAGACAGACAGAGCCAGAGCUUCAGUGGGCUACAAUUUUAGGUAUGCAAAGCAUUAUUUGGAGGACAAGACUUCGAAGAGAACCCUUCUCAAAGUGUUCGGGAUCAGGUUCGACAUCAUCGUGCAGUCACUGGCCAGAAAGUUUGACAUCAUCCCAACUCUGACUGCGAUAGGCUCCGGAGUGGGCAUCUUUGGAGUGGCAACCGUGGUGUGUGACUUGGUGCUGCUUUAUUUGCUACCAAAAAGAGAAUUUUACAAGAACAUGAAAUUCAAACACACAGACACACAUCAACAGCAUGACAGUGAGUCACUUGGUUUAGAAACCAGCACCUAUUACGCCCUCGAAGCAAAUGCAGGACAAGUCCAAGGCAUUGGCCGGCCCAACGACCAGGACUCAGAGGCAUGUAGCACAGAAACAGAAGUAGCUAAAAAGUAACCUGGGAGAAGACUUUUGAGGUGUUACUUUGAAGGAGUACUGACACGGGACCCUACAAGACAACACACACACUGUAAAUGGACUCUGCAAUGGAAAGGACAGGUUCUAAAAGACAUUUCUCUGUGUCCUCUCUUCUACCAACAACAUCCUCCCUCUGUUAACAGCCAACCUGAUUGACUGUGACUCUCAUUGUUGUAUGUAAAGCUUUAGCGUGGCUCAGCUGUAUGUGUACUUUCUUUUUUUAUUAGGGCGUAGCUCGGUUUGCUUCUGUUUCAGACUUUGGGUGUAACCUCCAGCUCCACCUCUAUCAGUACACUUUGGUGCAUCUGUGUGUACAGGAUUCACCCACAACUCAUCCAUUACCUCCGUUGCUGUCUUUUGUCAGAGCAAGAUAUACACAUGACGUCACUGUCUGAGUGAUUCAUCCCCCGUGUACACCUUGUGAUCUGCAUUUCAAUAAAAG